CUGUCCACCACCUAUUUUACAAUGGCCACUUUGUUGCAGGACUAUGCUCCCAUCUCCAGGAAAGCACAGGAGCAGAUCGAGAGAGAAGUGACAGAAGCCAUGAUGAAGUCCUUAAAGUACUGUGAUGUGGAAACUGUGUCUGCUCGACAGCCUUUAUGUCAGUACCGUGCUGCAACCAUCCAUCACAGACUCGCCUCCAUGUAUCACAGUUGUCUGAGAAACCAGGUGGGGGAUGAGCACUCAAGAAAGCAACACCGUGUUCUAGCUGAUCUCCACUACAGCAAAGCAGUGAAACUCUUCCAAGUGCUGAAAGACGCUCCAUGUGAGCUUCUCAGAGUGCAGCUCGAGAGAGUGGCCUUUGCAGAGUUCCAAAUGUCCAGCCAGAACAGCACUGCGGGUAAAGUGAAGAGCCUGUGUGGAGCUCUGGAGAUUAUGAUGAAUACGCGAUGUGCUUUUGUCGUUCUUCAGAAAGAGCUGGAGUGUGAAAGUGAUCAGGGAACGCAGGACAGCAACGAGCCGCCAGGAGGUUCUUCUGCUAAUCUCCGCAUGGAAGAGGUCCUGAAGCUGGUCAAUAUAUUUGAGUCCCGCCUGUCUUUUCUUCUGUUACAGUUUGUCAAGCUCCUGUCUUCUAAGAAGAAGAAUAACGGCACAGAAGAAGAAAGCUCUCUGAAAACCUACAAGCAAGUCUAUUUCCAGCCUGCUGCGGGCUUCAGCCAGCAAGAUUUCCACACUGUCCGAGAGAUUGAGCGUGCUCAUAAAUUUACUGGAUCAGCUCACCCCUAAGAGCCAGGCAAAUGAGACUGUCAUGCAGUGA